AUGGUCUUUUGUCAAAAUUUAAUCUUUUCCAAGAGGGGUAGUAGUUCACAAAAUUCAUUUUAUUCUCAUAAUUGGUCGAGUUCUGCGGUUCAAUUUGGUCGUGGGAGGAGAAAAUCUUGUGGGCUGAUUCCAAAUGCCAAGAAAAGGCAUUCAAAGAGGAAAAGUUGGUGGCAGAGAUUCUUUCUUGAGGAUGAUGGGAACUGGCUUGGUUUGAAGGAUGAGGAUAUGCUUGAUGGCGUUGACUCGAAGGAGGGCUCGAGUGAUGAUGAAUUAUCUGAGAACGAAAAGUUUGAGGCGUGGAAAAGGCGAGCUGAGGCAAUUAUAGAGCUAAGGGAAGCACAAGAGGAUGCAAAGAAUGAGGAAAAUAGGAGGUGGGAGGACUGGCUUGUGGAUGGAACCAGUGAUGAUGCUAAGAAUGGUGCAUCAUGGAUUCAAGACUCGAAUGGCGCUGUUGGAGAACCUUUAGAAGAUGUUGGAGAAGAUUUUAGUGAGCUAAUUUCUGGGAGAGGAUUGAUUAAGUCAGUAAGGAAUUUGAUUCAAGGCAGAGACGAUGAUGACAUUCUGUAUGAAGAUCGCGUCUUUCGUUAUGCUUCAUUCAAUUCGGCUAAAUUUUUGACAAUACUCGUUAUUGUUCCGUGGGCUUUGGAUUUCUUGGUUCACGAUUAUGUUCUUAUGCCAUUUCUAGACAGGUAUGUCAAGACUGUACCACUUGCAGCACAGAUGCUUGAUGUAAGAAAAAAUCAAAAACUUGAAAUGGUCAAGGCUAUAAAACUUGAGCAAGCACGCUAUAGGCUGGAAGUAGAGAUUGGUAAAUCUCCACCUCUUGCUGACGAGGAGCUUUACUUGCAGUUAAGACACAAAGCGUUAGAGCUACGAGAUGAAUGGAGAUUAGAGAACCGUAAAGCAUUUGCCAAUAUCUGGUCUGAUAUGGUGUUUGGGGUUUCAUUGUUCGUUCUUUUAUACUUCAACCAGAGUAAAGUGGCUUUUCUGAAAUUCACGGGGUAUAAGAUAAUAAGUAACAUGUCAGACACGGGGAAGGCAUUUCUUAUAAUACUUGUGACUGAUAUUUUUUUAGGGUACCAUUCUGAAUCUGGUUGGCAGACUUUGUUAGAGGUUUUGGUUGAGCAUUACGGGCUUCAGGUGGAUCAGGCGGCUAUAACAAUAUUUAUCUGCCUAGUACCGGUUAUCAUUGAUGCUUGUGUGAAGCUUUGGUUAUUUAAGUUUCUGCCAAGAUUAUCCCCAAGGGUGGCAAAUAUUUUCCGGGAAAUGAAGAGACACUAG